UACAGCACAGCUAGCUGUGGGGAAAUAAGACAGAAACAACGGGACCCGGUGGGGAACAGAACCUGGUUCUGAAUGGGAGGUGCUGCCUCGGUCUCCUUCUGGGCUGGUCUCAGAUCUGAUCCGCUGUCAUUCAGUAGAUGUGACGGUUCUUCCAGACCCAGCAGGAGAACAAAGGCUCCCUCCAGUUUGAGGAUAAAUGGGACCUGAUGCGCCCCAUCGUCCUGAAGCUGCUGCGCCAGGAGUCCGUCACCAAGCAGCAGUGGUUCGACCUCUUCUCGGACGUCCAUGCGGUCUGCCUGUGGGACGACAAAGGACCCGCUAAGAUCCACCAGGCGCUGAAGGAGGACAUCCUAGACUUCAUCAAGCAGGCUCAGGCACGGGUGCUGAGUCACCAGGACGACACGGCGCUCCUCAAGGCCUACAUCGCGGAGUGGAGGAAGUUCUUCACUCAGUGCGACAUCCUGCCCAAGCCGUUCUGCCAGCUGGAGAUCACUCUGAUGGGCAAGCAGGGCAGCAACAAGAAGUCCAGCGUGGAGGACAGCAUCGUCCGCAAGCUCAUGCUGGACACGUGGAACGAGUCCAUCUUCUCCAACAUCAAGAGCCGUCUGCAGGACAGCGCCAUGAAGCUGGUCCACGCCGAGCGGCUGGGCGAGGCCUUCGACUCGCAGCUCGUCAUCGGAGUACGGGAGUCCUACGUGAACUUGUGCUCCAACCCCGAGGACAAGCUGCAGAUCUACAGGGAUAACUUUGAGAAAGCGUACAUGGACUCCACUGAGAGGUUCUACAGAACCCAGGCGCCGUCCUACCUGCAGCAGAACGGAGUCCAGAACUACAUGAAAUACGCGGACUCAAAGCUGAGGGAAGAGGAGAAACGAGCGCUCCGAUAUCUGGAGACGAGACGCGACUGCAACUCCGUCCAGGCUCUGAUGGAGUGCUGCGUAAACGCUUUGGUGACGUCCUUCAAGGAGACCAUCUUAGCCGAGUGUCCAGGCAUGAUCAAACGAAACGAGACCGACAAGCUCCGCCUCAUGUUCUCCCUGAUGGACAAGGUUCCCAGCGGCAUCGAUCCGAUGCUGAAGGACCUGGAGGAGCACAUCAUGAGCGCCGGCCUGGCCGACAUGGUGGCGUCCGCCGAGACCAUCACCUCGGAUUCAGAGAAAUAUGUGGAGCAGCUGCUGACCCUGUUUAACCGCUUCAGUCGGCUGGUGAAGGACGCCUUCCAGGACGACCCGCGCUUCCUCACCGCCAGAGACAAAGCGUACAAAGCCGUGGUGAACGACGCCACCAUCUUUAAGCUGGAGCUUCCCAUGAAGCAGAAAGGGGUGGGGAUGAAAACUCAGCCGGAGUCCAAGUGUCCGGAGCUGCUGGCCAACUACUGCGACAUGCUGCUGAGGAAGACGCCGCUGAGCAAGAAACUGACCUCAGAGGAGAUCGAGGCCAAGCUCAAGGAAGUGCUUCUGGUUCUGAAGUACGUCCAGAACAAAGACGUGUUCAUGCGGUACCACAAAGCCCACCUGACCCGCCGCCUCAUCCUGGACAUCUCGGCCGACAGCGAGAUCGAGGAGAACAUGGUGGAGUGGCUCCGGGAAGUGGGGAUGCCGGCGGACUACGUCAACAAGCUGGCCCGGAUGUUCCAGGACAUCAAGGUGUCCGAGGAUCUCAACCAGUCCUUCAAGGAGAUGCACAAACACAACAAGCUGGCGCUGCCAGCGGACUCGGUGAAUAUAAAGAUCCUGAACGCGGGCGCGUGGUCGCGCAGCAGCGAGAAGGUGUUUGUGUCUCUGCCCACGGAGCUGGAGGACCUGAUCCCGGAGGUGGAGGACUUCUACAAGAAGAACCACAGCGGCAGGAAGCUGCACUGGCACCACCUCAUGUCCAACGGCAUCAUCACCUUCAAGAACGAAGUGGGCCAGUAUGACCUGGAGGUCACGACCUUUCAGCUGGCCGUGCUGUUCGCCUGGAACCAGCGGCCCAGAGAACGCAUCAGCUUCGAGAACCUGAAGCUGGCCACGGAGCUGCCCGAUGCCGAGCUGCGGCGGACGCUCUGGUCGCUGGUGGCGUUCCCCAAGCUGAAACGCCAGGUUCUGCUGUACGACCCGGCGGUGUCCUCGCCCAAAGACUUCGCAGAGGGAACGGUGUUCUCCGUCAACCAGGAGUUUUCCCUCAUAAAAAACUCAAAGGUCCAGAAGAGAGGAAAGAUCAACCUGAUUGGUCGGCUGCAGCUCACCACCGAGCGAAUGAGAGAGGAGGAGAACGAAGGCAUCGUCCAGCUCCGGAUCCUCAGGACACAGGAGGCCAUCAUCCAGAUCAUGAAGAUGCGGAAGCGCAUCAACAACGCCCAGCUGCAGACGGAGCUGGUGGAGAUCCUCAAGAACAUGUUUUUACCACAGAAGAAGAUGAUCAAGGAGCAGAUCGAGUGGCUGAUAGACCACAAGUACAUAAAGCGGGACGAGACGGACAUAAACACCUUCAUCUACAUGGCGUAGCGCCGUCGGGUCUGGGCUUCCACUGGGCCGGGCCUGAUGGACUCCAGAACAUUCCCUGGACUCCCAAACUGCUGAACAGAACUUUGUUUACUGCAGGGAGGCUCAGUUCAGACGAGACGAAACAAACUUCCUGCCUUAAACCUGUCCACAGAAGAAGAAGCUGCGUCUCUGACGCCGGGUCACCACAGGUUCUACAGAACCACGACCGCGACUACCCUCCUGGUCCGGGUUUGAGGAAGCUGCAGAACCUCUACAGUCCGACCCGAAUCCAGACAACUUGAACUGAAGCGCUGCCACGUUUUCCUCAGAAGUGAUGCUGCUACGUGACCCGGCUGCUCUGGUUCCACACGGUUCUGAUCCGACACGAUCGGAACCGCUGCUCGGAUUCAUUCUGGGUCACCCUCAGAGAAACACUUCAAAAGUCAGAGAGGUGCUGGACCCAAACAAAGGGCUGGCUCCGCCCACAUCCGGCCGCUGGCUCCGCCCACAUCUGGGUUCUGCGCUGCAGAAAACUGAAACGUGAGACUGAAAACGUCUCACUGGAUCAGAAAAUCACCAAAAUAAAAGCAUAAUUAAUUCCUUAAAUUCAAUCCAGAACUCAAACUGAACACACUCUGAUGUUAUUCAAUCCAUAAUUUCUGGUAGUUUUCAUGAUUUCACAAACAAUUGCAAAAUAACAUCGGACCUUUACUCUCCAAAAACACAAAAUCUUACCAGAAAGUAUUUAUUACGAUAAUAUCUCAGUAUAUCUGAAAUAAGACAAAAGUAACUUUCUUUUUACAAGAUACAGCAGCUUGUUUUAAGUCAAUAAUUCCUUAAUAUUGUUGAAUAUUUCUUGUUCCACAGGCAAAUUAUUUCACAUAAAACGUGAGGAAAAUGUCUUAUUUAUUGAAAACAAUCUCCUAUAUGUUGCUGCAAAGGUUACUUUUGUGUUGUUAUUUUUUUUAUUUCAAGUGUAAUAACAUAUUUGCAUUUGAAAAUUGACAAAAAUACUUUUUACAGUGUAGAACGUAAUGCGGAUCAUUAUUCCUACUGAGCGGGUCUGGACCGUUUGAAAUCCUGCAUCAAAACGAACAGAAACAGAAGCUAGAAAUGUGUAAUAAAUGUGAGUUUCACUUAUUACAUAUAAAAAACAGUUUUUAAAUAAUUUUCUGAUUUAUUAAGAUGAGUUUAUUUAAUGAUAAAUAGACCCGGUUCUGGUCUUUGGUGAACUGGGUUUCAUGGUGCGUUCCAGUUGCGCUCAGAAGUCAGUUCAAAGAUGGCCGCAUGCAUACAGAAAGCAGUGGCAGCUGCAGAAAUAAAGAAUUUAUUUUUUUUCCUAUGUUGCUUUGGCAUCUAAUUAAAACUUUUAGAAAACAGGUCUUGAGUUUUUCCAUGGUGGCAGCCAUUUUGAAAUGACCUCUAAGUUUCUGAGACCCAGUUCCAUCUUUAGUUCUGUUGUCAAGUUUCAGUUGAAACCGAAAAAUCCAGACUUCCCAGAACAAACUGAACGCACCGUAACUUAAAUAGCCCAUAAAGGAUCAAUUUGAACAUUUAAUAAUCAAUAAUGCUGUUAAAAUUACAAAAUCAUGAUUUAAUCAUUUUUUAAUUAAUUUAGAUGAAAUCAAUCUACUUUUGUCUUGGUGCUUUUAUGUUUUUCAUUUAGCAGCAUCAGAACCAUCUGUGGGCGAAACGGCUUUGACCCGAUUGGGUCCGGACUGGUCCAGAGUGAAGAGGACUUAGAGUUUAAACAGAGGCUGAAGGCUUAGUAUGGAGAUAACGCUCAGUACCCGGGGUCAGAGGGCGGAGCCAGAGAGGGCGGAGUCGGGUUUGGGGCAGAACCCUGGUCUCUAGGAGGCUGACGUCAGUAUUACAGAACCGAUCCAAUGUAUCAGGAGCAGGGGGCGGGGCCAGAUGUGAAUAAUGGAACAAAUAAAUAAACAGCACCUUAUUAUGAGAUAUUGUACAAGUGUGUCUUUGAUCGUGGCUCAGAGAGCUCAGGUUGGUUCAUGUUUCAUUUGUUUAUUUAUUCUCUGUUUAGUUUCUCUUCACCUUUGAAAAUGAUCAAAUAAGCUGUUUUAGAAUCAACCCAAUAAAAGCUUUGCUUACAAAAAA